AUGCCCGAGAAACCCGCAAAGACCGAGUCAGAGGCACCAAUGGUCUCUCACGGCCGAGGAGGUCAAGGCAACAUUGGCCAAGACAACACCGAAUAUGUCGAUGGCGAGAUCGUCCGUGAAGGCCCCUACGGUGACCAAGGUGAUGGCGCUUACUCUGCCGGCCGAGGCGGUGCAGGAAACAUCGGCUCCCCAAUGGUCCGGCCCAUUUCUAGGGCUCCCCACGACGCCGAUAUGAUCCCCGAGCUCGCAGUGCGUGACUCAGUUGACGAAACAUACCACACCGGGCGUGGUGGACAGGGAAAUGUUCAUCUUGAUGCAGCUUCGCUUAAGGAGAAGAAGCAUAAGAAAGUUGCGCAUGAGGGGCUGGCUGAUAAGCUGAAGUAUAAACUGAUGGGGCGGAAGUAG